CACGUGUCCACACAGGGAGGCCACUCAUGGGCCCAGGAACACAUAGCAAGGUCACUUAUGGGUCUGAGAACAUGUGUCUACAUAGGAAAUUCACUCAUGGCCCAGGAACACAUGUCCACAUAGGAAGGCCACUCAUGGCCCAGGAACACAUAGGAAGGUCACUCAUGGGUCUGAGAACACGUGUCCACGUAGGAUGGUCACUCAUGGCCCAGGUAUGUGUAUCCACAUAGGAUGGUCACUCAUGGGCCUGGGAACAUGUGUCCACAUAGGAUGGUCACUCACAGGCCCGGGAACACGUGUCCACAGAGGACAGUCACUCACAGUCCCAGGGACACUCAGCAGGCGGGAUGGUCAUGAUCUCUGCCAAGUGCACAGGUGGAUACAGACACACCAACUCCUUCCUCAGUGGUCAGGCCCAGGGCUUACCACCCUCAGUUGGGUCAGGGGGGCAUGACGUUCACUCCCUGUGUGGCUUCCUGGGGCCUCCCCUCUGCCCCUUGGCCCAGCAGCGUCCACCUGGGUGGCCCGGCACCUCACUGUCUCCUUGGGACUGAGUGUGACUGGCAGGUGUGCAGCGCGUGUCUACGUGUGUGUGGGCACGGUCACACGGACUCGUGGUGAGACUGUCAAAUGUACGGAGCUUUGUGGAGACAGAGGAAUCAGACUAUUGAUAAACAUGUGUUGGAUCGACUCCUGUGUUCUCUGGGGUGGGGUGUGGCCUGCCGAGCAGGGAGCGAUCAUAUGCAGGACAGACGGCUGUUGGUGGGGCGAGGCUGUGUCAGAACAUACCCGGUCACAGUUGGCCUGCACCCCGGCCACAGCCCCCUGGGGACCCUAGGAGAUCUGUGGGGUCUACAAGGGGCUUGGUGGCUGGGGGCUAGAACACAAAUCGAGGGCUUGAGCUGCAGCCCAGCUGGGCAACCCCACUCACUGGCCUGCCCUCCAGAGGCAGGUGGCACCUGCCCACAGGGAGGGUCAUCAAGGGGCCCCUGGACCACUCUCCAUAUCCCCUGGGGCUCAGAGGGUCUGCACAGGCCACCAGCAACAGUGAGGGAAGGUGCGGGCCGGAUUUUUCCCACAGCCCAAUGCCCUGGGAGACAGUGAGCCCCCAAAUCUCUGUGGCAACAAUGUGGUCUGAGUACUAGUCCCCUGGCCCUGAGACCCCAGAACAACACCCACUGGGAAUGGUCUGCCCACCCCCGGCCCUGGCCCACAGUCAGGGACCACAGACACUGGUCAGUAAGGAGCAAGCACACCUGGUGCUGGACACCCAUCAGGCUGGGGGUAGGUGCACAGAGGGCUGGCAGGCUCAGCCCGCCUGCAGCCCUCUCCCCUCCUCCCCCAUGGUGCCGCCUCCCAGCUGCGCAGCAAGCUGUUAUCGGGAACCUGAGCUGGGGUGAGUCUACGCCUGAAACUGGACCCCCAGCCUGUGUGCGGGUGCGGGUGCUGGGGUGCCAGGGUGCCCAGCCCAGCAUGGAGGACCAGCGGGCUCUCACAGCCGCCAAGCAGGGGGACCUGGCCACCUUGGAGCGGCUGCUGGAGGACAGGGCCCUGCAGCCGGGCCUCGCAGAUGCACUGGGGGCCGGCCCAGUGCACCUGGCCGCCCGCGCCGGCCACCUGGACUGCGUGAAGCUCCUGGUCCAGCGGGCCCAGCUUCCCGGCAACCAGCGAGCCCACAACGGGGCCACGCCAGCCCACGACGCUGCAGCCACCGGUCACCUGGCUGAGCUGUGCUGGCUGGUCCGGGAGGGAGGCUGCAGCUUGCAGGACCAAGAUGCCUCGGGCGUCUCCCCACUGCACCUGGCUGCCCGCUUCGCACACCCCAUGGUGGUGGAGUGGCUACUUCGUGAGGGUCACUCGGCCACGCUGGAGACACUGGAGGGGGCCUGGCCCCUGCACCAUGCCGCUGUCAGCGGGGACCUGACCUGCCUGAAGCUCCUGGUGGCUGCCCACCCCAGCGGCGUGAACCGGAGGACCCGCAGCGGCGCCUCCCCGCUCUACCUGGCCUGCCAGGAAGGCCACCUGCACCUGGCGCAGUUCCUGGUGAAGGACUGCGAGGCGGAUGUGCGUCUGCGCGCCCUGGACGGCAUGAGCGCGCUGCACGCCGCCGCCGCCCGCGGCCACUACUCGCUGGUGGUCUGGCUGGUCACGUUCACAGACAUCGGCCUGACAGCGAGAGACAACGAGGGGGCCACCGCCCUCCACUUCGCUGCCCGGGGCGGGCAUACACCCAUUCUGGAUCGACUCCUGCUCAUGGGUGCCCCCAUCAUGAGAGACUCCUGGGGGGGGACCCCCCUCCACGAUGCGGCUGAGAACGGACAGAUGGAGUGCUGCCACACCCUGGUCUCCCACCACGUAGACCCCUCCCUCCAGGACGAGGACGGUUACACGGCGGCAGACUUGGCUGAGUACCACGGACAUCAGGAGUGUGCCCAGUACCUGCGGGACGUGGCCCGGCCGGUGCCGCUGCUGAUGACGCCCCCACCACCACCCUUCCCGCCUCCUCUGCUGUCAGCCGCCAGGCGCUUCCCGGAGGAGGGGGGCCAAGGGGCUGAGGGGCUCGGGAGCCCCUCUGUGACGCCCGCACAGCUCAGCCCCACCUGGCCUGGCCAGUCCGAGCCACCUGCCCCCAGGGAUCCAACCUGCUCAGCCCCCCCGAGGGUCACCAUGGGUCCAGAGGCAGUGGACACCCCGGAUGGCUUGGCUGCGCUGAGGCUGGACGGGCUGCCCUCGGGCGACCUGGAUGGGCUGGUGCCCACGCAGGACGAGCGAGGCCGGCCCAUCCCCGAGUGGAAGCGGCAGGUGAUGGUUCGGAAGCUGCAGGCGCGCCUCGGAGCCCAGGAGGCACCUGAGGCCCAGGAGGACGGCGGGAGCGCGAGCCCGGGGGAGCAGGCCGCCUGGCGGUACUCCCAGGCCCACCAGGCCAUCCUGGGCCCCUUCGGGGAGCUGCUGACGGAGGACGACCUGGUGUACCUGGAGAAGCAGAUCGCCGACCUGCAGCUGCGGCGCCGCUGCCAGGAGUACGAGAGCGAGCUGGGCCGGCUGGCGGCCGAGCUGCAGGCCCUGCUGCCGGCGCCCCUGGUGCGCAUCACCGUCAAUAGCCACCUCCUGCCGCGGGCGCCCGGGGCCGAGGCUGACGACGCCCAGGAGGCCGAGGCCCAGGCGGCGGCGGUGCCCGAGGGCCGGGAGGCAGAGGCGAGCACGGCGCCUGGCGGGCAACCCGUGCCCUUCUGGUGCGGCCACAUCGCCCGGCUGGUCCGGAACAUGUCACUGCUGCUGCGGGGCGUGAAUGGGCUGGUGCAGGGCGAGGAGCGGCCGGCCGCCCGGGCCCCCGACGCGGACCCCCGGGAGGCCCCGAACAGACCCCCGCGGAGCGAGGCCCAGCGCGAGAUCCAGGAGUGCGGGGUGUCGGUGCGGACGCUGCGCGGGCCGCUCUCGCCCGAGCAGUUCCUGCCGCACGUGGACGGCGCGCCCGUGCGCUACAGCAGCCUGACGCUGGACCUCUUCAUGCUGGGCUACUUCCAGCUGCUGGAGUGUGACCUGCCGCCCGCCGAGCGCAAGGCGCGCCACCUGCUCUGCUUCGAGGUCUUUGAGCACCUGGGUGCCCACGGCUGGGAGGCCGUGCGGGCCUUCCACCGAGCCGUGACCGACGAGGUGGCCGCCGGCCACCGCGCUUGGACCGACGGCUUCGAGGACAUCAAGGCCCGCUUCUUCGGCGCCCACCGGGCCCCCGCCUGGGACACGGAGGCUGACCGCAAGCCCGGCCUGCCCGAGCUCAGGCCGCUGCCCCCCGCCGUGGCACCCCCUGGGAGCCCGGAGCCCAAGGCGGAGGAUGCGGGCAGCCCGGCGGACUGUUUCAGCAGCGAGGCCAUCUGCGGCUACAUCGAUCGCAGCUUCGCCUUCUGGAAGGAGAAGGAGGCCGAAAUGUUCAACUUCGGCGAUUGAGCUGCGCUCUGCCUCUGGGGCAGGGCGGCCUUCACCCCCACCCCCGUGCCCACCAGAGAGAGGUCUGGGGGUGUGGGCUGUCUUCACCCCCUCAGAGAAUGGGGCUGGGUACAGUCAGCCUCCACUCCCCAGGAGAGUGGGGCUAAGUGUGGUCUGCCCCCAACCCCACCAAGAGAGUGGGGCUGGGUGCAGUGGGUCUCCUCCACAGAGAGUAGGUGGACGCAGUUAGUUGUUGCCUCGUCUUUUUCUCAACUCCCCUUCUCCACCUGCCCCCCAUCAGGUAGGCCUGGGCACCGCUGGCAAGGCACCCGCUGGCUUGGAGCCUGUCCCUCCAGCCCCUGUGGCAGGGGUUACUCAGCUGUCCCAGUCGGUGGAAUGGAUGGGGCUCUGGGUUGGGCUUCAUCCCUCAACAAUGUGUCCACGUGUCCACCAGUUACCUGCCUGCAGACAGGAGACUUUGACCCCUGCCCAGAGCCACCCCAGGACACUGUGGAGGCUCUGCCCUAAGGGACGUCCAGGGAAGAGUGAGCCCUGUCUCCACAGCUGGCCACCUCUGACCCUGAAGAGUCCCUGCUAUAGGGAGCAGUAGGGGAAAAGCAGCCACAUCAACCCCAAGGUCUGGGACACCCCCCACACAGCACCCCAUCAAGGUGGGCCGGGGCUGCUGGGGGCAGGGGCGCCUCAGACAAGAGAUGAGCAGUCAGCAAGGACAUCCAAGUAGUUGCCGACUGCUGGUUCCAGCCCCACGGUCCCUGGGACAGCCAAGAGGAUGGGCCACCAUCAGGCUAUGGGGUCCAGGUAGGCGGGCCAGCACCCAGUAGAAUUUCGGGGGUGGAGCUGUAUCUCUGUGAGAAGAAUCACACUAGCUGUGUGCACGUGCGCGCAGGGGACUUCCGGAAUCUUCCACUGUCACAACCAGGCCCACUUGGGGCAGACAAGCCUCUGCCGAGGGUAAGAACACCCCGGAGCAGGAGUUAGGAGCAGCUGGGUGUGGGCUGGGGCAGAG